UCUCUCUCUCUCUCUCUCUCUCUCUCGCUCUCUAAAAAGUUUUGGAGAAGUACGUCCUAUUUUUGAAUGAUAAACCUCUCUGGUGUGUGCGUGUCAGAACUGUAGAAGAAGGGUAACUGGGGGGAUAACCAUAGGAAAGAACAGAGACCCCAAAAAAAAGUAGGCAGAAAAAAUAAAUAGAGGAUGAAUGGUCUUGCACAUCUUGAACCAGAUUUCUCCGACUUUGUUGAAGUUGAUCCAACUGGCAGAUAUGGCAGAGCUCCUUUUUUUGUUGCAGUACAAUGAAAUCCUCGGCAAAGGAGCUUCAAAGACAGUUUACAGGGCAUUUGAUGAGUAUGAAGGAAUUGAAGUUGCUUGGAACCAGGUCAAGCUUUAUGAUUUCCUGCAAAGCCCCGAAGAUCUUGAAAGACUAUACUGUGAAAUUCAUCUCCUUAAGACGUUGAAGCACAACAACAUUAUGAAAUUUUAUACUUCUUGGGUUGAUACCGCAAAUAGGAACAUCAAUUUCGUCACCGAAAUGUUCACUUCAGGGACUCUGAGGCAGUAUAGACUAAAGCACAAGAGAGUUAACAUUAGGGCAGUAAAGCACUGGUGUAGGCAGAUCUUGAGAGGGCUUCUCUAUCUUCAUAGCCAUGAACCUCCUGUGAUCCACCGAGAUCUCAAGUGUGACAAUAUCUUCGUUAAUGGGAACCAAGGGGAAGUGAAGAUCGGUGAUCUCGGCCUUGCUGCGAUUCUCCGUAAAUCGCAUGCGGCUCACUGUGUUGGGACUCCAGAGUUCAUGGCUCCGGAAGUUUAUGAGGAGGCUUACAACGAGUUGGUUGACAUUUACUCAUUUGGGAUGUGCGUCUUGGAAAUGGUCACUUUUGAAUAUCCAUAUAGUGAAUGCACCCAUCCUGCACAGAUUUACAAGAAAGUUAUUUCUGGCAAAAAACCAGAUGCAUUGUACAAAGUGAAGGAUCCAGAAGUGCGACAAUUUGUGGAUAAAUGCUUGGCAACUGUGUCUCUAAGGCUUUCUGCCAGGGAGCUUCUGGAUGAUCCUUUUCUCCAGAUAGAUGAUGGUGAAUAUGAUUUGAGACCAGUUGAUUAUGGUAGAGAACUCGACGAGACUGGUUCCCUUCUAAGGUUGCCUUUCCUUGAACGUGAUUGCAGUAAUAGCACAUAUAGUAAUGGGUACACCAAUGGUUAUGGUGCUGAGGCCGAAAAUGAAUGGGGUUAUCAUCUGGUUGAGAUGGAACCAAAUGGAAUUGAACUCUUUGAGUACCAUGAUGAUGAACAUUCUGAAGAUGUUGACAUAAGUAUCAAAGGGAAAAAAAGAGAAGAUGAUGGCAUCUUUUUAAGACUUAGAAUUUCAGAUAAAGAAGGCCGUAUACGGAACAUAUAUUUCCCAUUCGACAUUGAGACAGAUACAGCAUUGAGUGUGGCCACUGAAAUGGUUGCAGAACUGGAUAUUACUGAUCAGGAUGUGACCAGAAUAGCAGACAUGAUCGAUGGGGAAAUAGCUUCCUUGGUACCUGAAUGGAGGCCUGGUCCAGGAAUAGAGGAAACACCCCGCUUUUCUAAUCAAGGCUUCUGUCACAAUUGUGCUUCCAACCAUACCUCUAGAGGCUCCUUCAUGGAUUUCCUGUCACAUAAUCAGGGCAUCGAGGAUUUGCAAGCUCUUCAAUGCUGUAAACAUGGAUGUGCUGCUUCGAUGCAUGGCCGGUUUGAGGAGAUUACAUUCCAAGCUGAGGAGUCUGAGCAUCAUGUGACAGUGGGUGCUCCUAAUGUAUCAAACCAAUCAGACUGCUUGCAUCAUCAUCAAGAAAUCGGGGGUCAGCAUGACAGCCGCCCUGAACUCAGUUCAGUUGGCUCUGGACCGAACCACUCUUAUGAAGAAUAUGAGAAAUUGGACCAAUCAACAUUAUCAGAGGAUGCGAAGGAGGAUAAUGUGAAGAAUAAAAAUGCAUCGAAAGCAGGAAAUUUAAUUCUAAAUUUAUCUGGUUCCCAAUCUUCCUCCUUAAAGCCUUCAUUGUAUUGUGACUUGUCAGAUAAUUAUGAGAAAGAAAUUGAGCAGGAAUUGAGAUGGCUCAAAGCGAAAUACCAAAUGGAGUUGAGGGGACUUCGGGAUCAACAGUUAGGACUUGCAUCAAAACCUUCAACUUGUGGGAAUGGGGAAAACGAUAUAGAUAAUAGGCUUUUGGCAUCAGAAACACUACAAGCAGAUGACAAUGGAGUUCUCAGGAAAUCUCCUGCUUAUGAUGGGCAAUUUUCUUCCAUUUGCAGAGCUUAUGUCAAUAAAAGCUGCCCCAAUUCGGAAACCCAGUGGGCCCGAAAUUGCAAGGUGAUGAAGAAUUCCUCUAAUCCGGAGGAUAUGGUAACUGCAAAGAGUUUACACGCUGGGCCAUUGCUUCCACAAUCUCUUCACAGGACAGUUUCUCUCCCAGUUGAUGCUGUUGAUAUAUAAAUCUGGAAGGCACUUUAAGAUUCUUUUAUGUAUUCCAUACACACUCAGAGAGCCUGUAACAUCAUCAAAUCCACCCUUUUUUGGCCAGUUAA